UUCAAAGAAAACUGACAGCCUUAUGUGAUCAUCUGAGGUGACAAUAAAAACUAGAAUGAAAAAAGGCGUAACAAAACAACGUGAAGUUAAGAAGUGUUCUCAAUGUCAGGGUAAGCCAGAAUUUUACUGCAAAACCUGUAUACAAAAUCUUUGUGCUACCUGUGAGGGAAAACAUGUUAUAGAUCUUGACACAAAAUACCACGAUGUAGUAGCUUACCGUGCCAAGGCUGGUGACUUUAUUAUACCAGAAAAAUGUGAGAUACAUCCACACAAAAUCUAUAAAAGCUGGUGCCAUUCAUGUGAACAACCAAUACGUAUAACAUGCAGAGGACAUCAAAAUCAUAAAAUGCUCGAUAUACGUUUAGUCUAUAAAACAUCUAGACAAAAAUACAGAGAAAAAAUUAUUCAUAUAAAAAGUGAUUUACUACCAUAUGAUAAAGUUAUCAUGGACUGGCUCAAAACUUGUGUUAAUGCAGAUAUAGAAACUCUUAAAGUAGAUGUCUCAAGUAGCAAGCAAAGCAUUAUAGAGAAAGCUCAAAGAUUAAAAGAUCGAAUGGACGCAAAUCUCUCAAAAAGCGUUAUUAGAAUAGAUAAUUAUAUAAAAUGUAUAAUGGAACAACGAAAGGAACAAACAAUAAAAAAAAUCAUUUCUAUCAUUCAGAAGUAUGAACACACGUACGAACUUUCGGCAAACAUGCCAGUGCAAUUCCUUCUAUCUUUUAAGAAAAUCUCUAUUCCAAACAGACUGGAGAUUAAGGAUUCCUUUGCCAUUAUUUUUCACGAGAAAAUAAAAACUUUGGAUGUGAAUGAAUUUUUGUUCAAUUGCAAAGUCGUGGAGAGACAGAAGAGAAGAGUAGAAAGUGGACAAAUGCUUCAGUUAAUGUCAAAACCGGUACUACAAAAAUAUGUCCCGUUAAAAAAAUUACCUUGUGCUUGUCAUAUUUCAUGUGUAACAUCUGAGAAAGUUUGGGUUAGUUUCAACAACAAUAUUAUGUUGAUAAACAUAGAAGGAGACAUAUUAUGUCACGUAAUUGAUGUCAUAGAUACUUUUACAUAUGGAGUACACUGCGUGAACAAGGAUGAUGAUAUGAUUUAUAUAGACAGAAAUCAUUGCAUAUCCGUGAUAUCUUCCGACCACACCUCAAGAGAUAUACUGGUUAGAAAACCAGAAUUAUGGACACCGCUUUGUAUUUACAGCUCUCCAUUUACAGGGGAUUUGCUUGUUGGCAUGGGAACUGGAUAUGAGGAAAAAAGUCUCAAAUAUACCAAUACAAAAGUUAGUCGGUAUAAUACAUUAGGACAUAAUAUUCAGACCAUCCAGUACAACGAUACAGGUGAAAAUUUGUAUUACCAUCCUACCUACAUAACAGAAAAUGGAAACAGGGAUAUUGUGAUGUCAGAUUUUUGGUGCAUAGUGGUAACAGACCAUAAUGGAAGACACCGAUUUACAUAUACCGGACAUCCAUCUUUACCAGUAGACAAAUUUACUCCCUAUGGAAUCUGCACAGACGCGCUUCUUAACAUUUUGGUGUGUGACCUUCAUCAUACGGCUGUUCAUUUGAUUGAUAAAGACGGCCAAUUUCUGUCUUACCUACUCUCAGAAGAAUAAAAAUCGUGUAAACCAACAAGUAUAGCCUAUGAUCACAAAACUCACCGCCUCUGGUAUGGCCUAUUGGACAACCCAUCCCCUCUUCGUUUAUACAGAUAUAUAACGAGAAAGAGUUCUGCAACAGAUUGAGAAAUACCGACAGAUUAUAAACAUUGCCGAGGAAUACGUAUAACUUUAAUUGAUGUCUCAACAGCU